AUGACAGCCAUCAGAGACACUCCUGCCGGCCAAUUCCUGCGCCUUGUAGGCUUCAAGUCAUGGCUCUACUACCCAGAGGAGGUGACGGGAGUUGAACUGCCCAACCUACCGUUCGUAUCUGAGGAGCAACUCCCUGCCCCCGACAUCGAGAAGGACAUCGAGAAGAGCCUGUCGACAGUCUCCCUCCGACUAUCGACUCCGCCGGAUGAACACUCGAGCGCCAUGUCCCAGAAGGUGCUUGCAGAGCCCAUUGUCGUCUCAUUCUCAGAAGGCGACCUGGAGAACCCACGGAACUGGUCUAGUAUGAAGAAGGCCUGGACCGUCACCAUCGUCAACGUCUACACCUUUGUGGUCUACUGCACCGCAUCUAUCAUCACACCGACCGCGGGAUAUAUCGUACAGAGAUAUGGCGUCUCGGUCGUUGUCGCCAGUCUAGGUCUAUCUAUGUACGUGGUUGGCUAUGGAAUCGGUCCCAUGUUCUUCUCACCUCUCAGCGAAGUCCCCAGUAUAGGACGGAAUCCACCGUACCUAUACUCAUUUAUCGCCUUCCUUGUGGUUUCGAUCGGUCUAGCAUGCGUCGACACCUUUCCCGGUAUUAUCAUCCUUCGGUUCCUCCAGGGCUGGUUCGGCAGCCCAUGUCUGGCCAGUGGUGCCGCCUCCAUCGAAGACGUCUACGACAUGUACAGCGCCCCGUACGGCUACAUCUGUUGGGUCGCCGCCAUGUAUUGCGGCCCAGCCUUCGGACCUCUUAUGGCCGGCUACGCCAUCGACUCCAACUGGCGGUGGCCGUUCUACGAGGCCGUCAUUAUGGGCGGUACUGUGCUUCUAUUCCUCCCUUUGCUCCCGGAAACCUCUCCCCAGACGAUCCUCCUUAAUCGAGCAAAGCGCCUACGCAAGACCACCGGCAACAACGCCUAUAAAGCGCCCUCGGAACUUACGCCACUCGCGUUCGGCCAGAGGCUCCACGAAGCUCUCAACAAACCCCUCGAGAUUACCGUGAAAGAUCCCGCGAUCCUGUACGCCUGUGUCUACGGCUCUAUCGUCUAUGCAACGUACUACUCCUUCUUCGAAGCGUUCCCGCUCGUGUAUCUCGGCACAUACCGCAUGUCGCUAGGCAGUAUGGGCCUAAUCUUCACUUCCCUCACCGUCGGCUGCGUCUGCGGCCUGGUCAUCUACCUCAUCUACAUCACAUACUUCUUCAUCCCGCGCGCCCGAGCCCAUCACGCGGCCAAAGGCGAAUCCAUCGCCCAAGAACAGUGGCUCCUACCUGGCCUUUUCGGCGUCUGGGGUCCUCCUGUCGGAUUGCUCCUCUUCGCCUGGACAGCCAAGUCGUCGAGCCACUGGAUCGUUCCCACGACCGGGAUCUUCAUCUUUGCCUUUUCGACCUUCUUCAUCUUCCAGGCUUUGAUCUGUUACGUCCCGCUCUCCUACCCCCGCUACGUCGCUUCCCUGUUCGCAGCCAACGACUGCGCGAGAUCUCUCCUCGCGGCCGCCUUCGUCCAGUUCUCCCGCCAGAUGUACAUGAACCUGGGCAUCGACAAGGGCGUCACCCUGGUCGCCGGCCUGAGCGUCGUUGGCAUCGGCGGCAUGUAUGGACUAUAUUUCUACGGGGCACGACUCCGGGCUCGGAGCAAGUUUGCUGGGUGA